ACCGCGCACAGCAACAUUCUGGGGCAGCAGAGGAGACGACGGAUCGUUUAUGCGCAUUUUUGGGACGAAAAGAGAUAAAGCACCCUAAACAGACUCGCAGGAUCAUGGGGAGUGUGUUCCUGCCGGCGGACGCAGCCCACUCGGUGCUGCGACGGCUGCGCAGGGCCAACUUCUUGCUGGAGGAGAUGAAACAGGGGAACAUCCAGAGAGAGUGCCGCGAGGAGAUCUGCACCUAUGAGGAGGCCCGAGAGGCUUUUGAGAACGACGAGAAGACGAGACGGUUUUGGGACGAAUAUGUGCGGGAGAGCAGUCCGUCAGGAGGGCUGGAGACGGUGGUUGGAGGAGUCCACUCUCUUUACUUGAUAGUGCCGUUGCUGCUGGUUGUGCUCAUCAUCGCCGCCGUGGCCAUCACUGUGUGGCGCUGCCACUCCCGCAAGCGCUCGCAGCGCAGCCCCAGCCUGGGACACUCGCAUCACGACCACGUCCUGUCAGUGGUCUCUAUGGACCAUUGGGGGAGGGAUUAUCACCAUGGUGACCAAUCAGAACUCAGCGUCCACAGCAGCCCUGCUUAUCCAGGCUCAGAGCUCACAUCAGGGAGAGGGAGCGCCGGAGACCCGCCACCAUCUUAUGAGGAGGCCGUGGGCCAUGCAGACGUCCAAAUAGAGACAGAGCCACCUCCGCAGUAUGAGGACAUAGUCAACACCAGCUCUACUAAUGUCAGUGGUGGCCAUGGGAAGUAAACUUGUCUCUCACCUUCACCCCAACAGAAGCCCUAACCUACACUGAGACCAUCUGAUCAUUUAGCAGUAUUACUGUUGUGAUAUCACCAGCCUUCCCCGUUCAACACAUACAGAAACACUUUUAACUCUCUGGUCAGUGGACUAAUGCCAUCUUUUGCGGAGCCAGCGCUGUUGAAAUUUGCACUAAUCUUUCAUCAAUGAGGCAAAGUGAUAGCAGGAAGGAUAUCGCAAUACCAAAAUCAACCAGCCUCUGCUGAUUUUCCUCGAGUUACAACCGUCAAACUGUAGCAAGUCAUUUAACUCAGCAGACCUAACAAAUGUUGCAUGUGGCGUAAAAAAAAAGGGUUCUGAUUGCCAUAAUGACAGACAUUAUUCUAAAAGUGUAAAUGGGGGUUGGACCGAUGCUUAAUUGAAGGUUAGUGCCAAGACUUAGUUGGCCAACAGCAGAUAUUUUGCACCUAUUUUUAAUAUCUUUAUAUUGGACUUCUGUCUUGUAAAAAGGGAAAAGUGUUUGCUGUUUUGAGCUGUUUAUAAGUGUGCAUAUUGCAUAAAAAAUUUUGCUUUGCAAGAUUGAGAAACGGCAGUUAGCCCACAAAGCAACAAUUCCAGACAAAUUAAACUUGCAUUAAGUGAUUUUGGACCUCCAGGGGGCAGAAAGAGAAAAACAGGUUCAAAAUUAAGCACAUAAUUGGUGAUGAUUUUUCUUUAAGUCAACAAUUGUCUGUAGUAAUGGAUGCUUGGCUUGUCUAGGCUUGUCAACAAAAAUAGUAAAUAUAAUUAAAUGUAAAUAGCUGCCCAAAGUUUGAAAGUGGGAGUUAAAGCGAUCAUUGAGACCCAAACAUUUAGUAAAUUAUAAGGUGUCAGAGCCAAAACAAUUCAUCAAAACUGUAAUGCGCUGCAGAGUUGCAUGCUAAUUAUUGUUAUCAAAAUGAUCAUUUAAUGCAGGUUUAUAGUUAAAUUGCCAAAUGAAUGCAUUAGUCCAACUCCAGUAUACACUUGUGAAUGUUUUAAAGUUUAAAACUGGGGAUAAGACCAGCAGUUAUAACAGGUGCUGUUGAAACGUGUUUUGUGUUUGUGUUUGUGUUAUUUUAUGCUUAUAUUUUGGUCAUGCAUGCAGCUUGGUCUGUACACCUGAGGUUGGAUCUGGCUGUGCACUGUUUGUUGAUGGUCAGCGCUUGCUGGCCCAUGUCUGUCUCUGGGCUGUUGGCAGUAGCUCAGAGCCUGCUUUAACUGUGAAAACCUUUCCCUACGCUUUCCUCUAAAGCAAAUGUAACCAUGUUGGACAUGACUACAGUCUUCUGCUGUGCCACUAACACUAAAAGCACACUGAGGAUUCUACAAAUAGGUUUGCAGCGACACUAAUAAUGUAAGUUGUGGAGUGACUUGCACAGGAAUGUAGGACAGAAAGCAAUAUAAUCAGAAGCUUUGGAAAAAGAUGUAUCAGAGAGGAGAAAUUCUGUAUGUAGAGACACUAUGGACAGAGUUCACAUUUAGCAUGUGUUAUGUACCUGUAUAUAAAUAUAUGUAGUCUAUAUGUGUGAAGGUCAGUUACAGUGAGAUUGCCUUUUACUGCAUAGGAGUGCAGUGAAUACAUUAACACGUGUUUAACUAUAAUACAGUAGGUGGAUAAAUGAAGGCACUUUGUGUUUAAGCUCAAAAUGAGCUGUGUGAUGAAAACUAGGACGGUCUGGUUUGACGUCUUUAGCGUCUUUCUCAGCCAUUACGAUGUCACUGUAAUCCUUGGGGAAAAAAGUGCUCAUACUCUAUAUGCAAUGUUGCUGCAUACACUCUAAAAACCAAAUAUAUCUGUCUAAUGUUCACGGAUACUGAUAAAUGUUACAUUUGCUGUCUACACCUCACAGACUUUGAGCACUGAUUAUCCUUUUUUUUGAGUUGACCUGUGAACCUCAGCACUUGCUAUGACCUUGACCUGAGUUGUGCUGGCAGGUUAGCCAUUUUGGUUGGGUCACUUUAACUGUUGCAGAGCCCUUUUUUUCCUUUUUUUUUUUUUUUUUUUACAAUGCCUUAUAAAAUAAAUAAAAUGUUAUAUAACAUUUAAUGCAAGAGAACUUGUUAUAAAUCCUUGAUAUGUGCAGAAGCUUGAAUUAAUUUGUAAUAAAACAUCAAAAAUG